AUGGGCUUUCUUUGUUUUCGCAGGGAAGAAAAGUCGAACUUCGUCCGUCGCAUGACUACCACCUUCGGACUCGGCGCACCUCCCCAUGGAAGGCAUGUUAUGCGGGAGGUUAUCGUCACGGCACUCGCCUUCAACGUCAAGGCUCUCACUGGCGUCCAGAUCAUUUCGAGUUUCCACGAGUGUUUCAAGAAGCACGUUAGGCACGUUUACGACGAUAUAAACCCGCGCAAGGACAGCGCUCUUCUACCACGCGAAAGACUCGAGGCCUUCCUGAGAGAGACACAGGGAGUCGAGCCUGGAUUCCUAGAUGCCAAGGAAUUUCAACCCCAAAGACCCGGCUAUUACAGGUUCGACGAAUUCUUCUGGCUAUGGAGCCAAACCGAGUCGGCCUGGCGAGCGGCCGGGGAGCAGCAGCAACAAGAGGUCGAUGCAACGCGCCCAAUUAGCAACUAUUUUAUUAGCAGCAGCCACAAUACUUACCUUGAAGGCAACCAACUUUCUUCCAAGAGUUCAGCUGAGGCUUACCGUGCUGCUCUAAGGAAUGGUUGUCGUUGCAUCGAAAUCGACGUCUGGAACGGAUCCGCUCCCCGAACACCGUCCAAGUCGCCGAAUCCAGGACAUAAGAGACACUUUUCGUCUGGUUCUCUGCCCCGUUUUGCCGGAGAGAAGCUUGAUGCGCUUGUUGGCUCCAGGAUAAGCCGAGGUCAUAGCCGUAGCCCGAGUGCCGUCCAGGGACCUUUCCCCCAGUUAGAUCCUUGCGAGAGCGGUACCACCCUGGACCCAAAGGACUUGGGCGACCGUCUCGAAAAAUCUAGAGACUCGUCACGGUCGAACCACAGAGCCGAGCCGGUAGUGCACCACCACGGCACAAUGACCUCGACCGUAGGUUUCCGGGAAGUGUGCCGGGCCAUUCGGGAAAGUGCGUUUGAAAAGAACCCCCUUCCCAUCAUCAUCAGCCUCGAGGUCGGUGCGGACUGGGAGCAGCAAGAGGUCAUGGUCAAGAUCAUGAAAGAAGAAUGGAACGGGCUGUUACUAGACAAGCACUUCGAUUCCUGCGAUCCGCUUCACCGGCAGCCGCGGCUAGAGGAGCUGUACAACAAGAUCCUGAUUAAAACGAAACGUUUUGAUGAUAGCCGCAUUGAGGGUGAUCUGGAGAGGGGGCGGAGCAUCUCAAUCCCCGCCCUCAAUGGAAAGCCACCCAUCUGCCGAGCGCUCUCCGAGUUAGCGAUAUACACACACAGCCAGCAUUACACCGACGACAGCUCUCUAGACACUUGCCAGGCACCAAGCCACAUCUUCAGCCUCAGCGAGGACAGUUUCGAAGCGCUAACCGAAGAUCACAACAAACUACAAAAGAUGCUCAAACAUAACCGUGACUUCUUCAUGCGCAUCUACCCCAAGGGCCUGCGCGUUGAUAGCAGCAACCCGGACCCGAGCUUCCAUUGGCGCAGGGGGGUGCAGAUGGUGGCCAUGAACUGGCAAAAGAGCGACGAGGGCAUGCUAAUCAACGAUGCCAUGUUCGCCGGCACCAACGGUUGGAUCCUCAAGCCGCCGGCCCUGCUCAGUGACAACACCACCUCCGAAAUGUACCUCAUGUCCGGCAUGCCCCGCAAGACCCUCGACCUACAGAUCACGAUCCUGGCGGGGCAGUUCCUGCCCCUGCCGGGCGACCGCAAGAGCAGCGGGUUCGGAAUCAAGUCUGAUCGGAGUUUCAGGCCCAAGGUCAAGGUCGAACUGCACGUCGAGAAGGCUGAGAAGCCACAGCGUUCCGUAGACUGUGCGCGGGAGACGGUGACCGCCCGCACCGAACACCCUGACUGGGGACGCGAGGCGAAGAGCCUGGAUUUCUUUGGCGUGAAGCAGGUGGUGGAGGAGCUCAGCUUUGUGAGGUUCAAAGUCUCCGAUGGCUCGGGCAACUUUAGCAGCGACGUGGUUGCCUGGUCUUGUAUUCGUUUGGAUCGCCUCCAGCAGGGGUAUCGGUGUAUUAAUCUCUUCCAUCCGGCUAAGCGCAGCCCCCUCGAAGGGAAGCUGUUUGUCAAGAUCAAGAAGGUCUUGAAGGGGCAGGGGGUGUCGGUUGCUUAG